ACGUGGCGGUUCACACCGAGUGAUCCAAACGUGCCGCAUCGGCGUCAAACGCUCUCGUUUAGAUAGAGGCGUGUACGCUUUCACCAUCUUUUCUUUUCGGCCCGUCUCUAGACCCCCUCUGACUCCGGCGGAAGGAUACGUGUUUUCGUUUCUUGGCUCGCGGUGACUGGUGCGCGCAGAGAGGUGGAGGACUCUUCUCCGGUAACCGUGCGCGACUCCCACAAGCCCCGAUUGUUUUAUUUUAAGCGUUCUCUCAACGCGGCGGCUCGCGGGAUACGUGUUUUAUAAAAACCGAAAUGUGGUGAUUUCUUUGAGCGCCGCUAGUAGUUUUCUCUUUUAUUUCUUUUUUUUUACUGCGCGAGAGCCGUUUUCCGAGAGACUUUCUGAGAACCAAAACCGUCCCCGGGAGACAACUCCACUUCGUUCUGGCGACCUUAUGUGGAUUUUACAGAAGACAUGGAGCAGAUCCCCGGUUUCUCCUCGGGCAAAUCACUAGUCUUCGUCUUCUGCCUCGUUCACCUCUCUUCGGCUCUACAAUGUAUGGACGAUAAGGCGCCUUGUGUCAACAACGCGACAUGCCUGACCUUCAACAAUGGCACAGAGUACUGCAGGUGUGCGCCGGGCUUUCUGGGGGAAUACUGCCACCACAAGGACCCUUGUCACCCCGGCUUCUGCCUGAACGGUGGGGACUGCUCGGUGUCCAUGUCCGCCGGCGUACCCGUGCCGGGGAGCGCCGCCUGCACCUGCCCCCUCGGCUACACCGGACAGCACUGCCAAACUCCCCAGAACUCCACCUGUUACCCCAACAAUCCCUGCGCCAACAAGGGCGUCUGCGCCCUGCUGUCCCUCGACAAAUACAAGUGCAAGUGUCCCAGAGGAUGGACAGGGCCGCAGUGUGAGCACGAGGACAGCUGUCUUUCCAGCCCCUGUGCAAACGGCGGAAAGUGCAGCUCUCCGUCCGCUGGCAGCUACACGUGCUCCUGUCCUCCGGGCUACGAAGGUCCUCGCUGCCUCAACGACACGAACGAAUGCGCCGCCUCGCCCUCAAUAUGCCAGAAUGAAGGCCGCUGCGUCAACACCCCCGGCUCCUACAAGUGCACCUGUGACCCGGGGUUCACUGGCAGACACUGUGAAAGCUCGUACAUCCCUUGCUCCCCCUCACCGUGCCUGAAUGGAGGCACCUGCCACCAGAACACUGAAACCAGCUACUCCUGCCACUGCCUUCCAGGUUUCAACGGGACUAACUGCGAGAACAACAUCGACGACUGCCCCGGUCACCAGUGUGCCAACGGAGGAACCUGUAUGGACGGGGUCAACACCUACAACUGCCAGUGCCCACCAGAGUGGACUGGUCAGCACUGCACCGAGGAUGUGGACGAGUGCCGCCUGCAGCCUAACACCUGCCAGAACGGAGGCACCUGCAGCAACCUGUUCGGCAGCUACGUGUGUGUUUGCGUCAACGGCUGGAGCGGACUCCACUGCUCCGAGAACAUCGACGACUGCGCCACGGCCGCGUGCAGCCCGGGCUCCACCUGCAUCGACCGCGUCGCGUCUUUCGUCUGCCUCUGCCCCUACGGAAAGACAGGCUUGCUCUGCCACAGAGAUGACGCCUGCAUCAGUAACCCCUGCAGGGAGGGUUCUCAGUGCGACACCAACCCCAUCAGUGGCAUGUUCAACUGUAACUGUGCACCUGGAUAUGUCGGCAGCACCUGCAACAUCGACAGAGACGAGUGCAGCAUUGGUACCAACCCGUGCGAGCACGGCGGUCAGUGUGUGAACACGGACGGCUCCUUCACGUGUAACUGCGUGCGGGGUUACGCCGGGCCGCGCUGCGAGCAAGACGUCAACGAGUGCGCUUCCAACCCGUGCCAGAACGAAGGCACGUGUCUGGAUCGCAUCGGGGACUACACUUGCAUCUGCAUGCCAGGAUUUGAGGGGACUCACUGUGAGGUUGAGAUAAAUGAGUGCAUCAGCUCGCCCUGUCUGAACCAGGGAAAAUGUCUGGACCAGGUCAGCCGCUUUGUCUGCGAAUGCCCAGCCGGGUUCAGUGGUGAAAUGUGCCAGAUAGACAUAGAUGAGUGUUCCAGCACCCCCUGCUUAAAUGGUGCCAAGUGUAUCGACCGACCCAACGGAUAUGAUUGUGAAUGUGCUGAAGGCUUCACUGGUCUACUUUGUGGGGACAACAUCAACGACUGUGUACCGGAGCCUUGCCACCAUGGCUCGUGUAAAGACGGCAUCGCCACCUUCUCCUGUGAGUGCGAUCCUGGAUACACAGGCUCCAUCUGCAACAUCCAGGUCCAGGAGUGCCACAGCAACCCGUGUCAGAACCGAGCACACUGCGUCGACCUGGUCAAUGGCUACCAGUGUAACUGCCCAACAGGAACCAGAGGGGUGAACUGUGAGAUCAAUGAGGAUGAUUGUGACAGCAACCCCUGUGAGUACGGAGAGUGCCAAGAUGGUAUUGACGAAUACAAAUGUGUGUGCGCCCCAGGAUAUACAGGACUUAAAUGCAACGUGGACAUCAACGAGUGUAGCUCCAACCCGUGUAUGAGCGGGGGAACCUGCAUCGACAAGGUCAACGGGUUCCACUGCCUGUGCCCGCCCAGCACCCACGGGCCUCUGUGCCUCUCGGGGACCGACCACUGUGCCCCUCAGCCUUGUGUGCACGGAGAAUGCAUCGAGCAGCAACACGGGUAUCGUUGUGAGUGUGAGGCCGGCUGGGUGGGACAACAUUGUGAGCAGGAAAAGGACGAGUGCCGGCCCAAUCCGUGCCAGAAUGGUGGCGCCUGUGUGGACCGUCACAACGGCUACACCUGUCAGUGUCAACCUGGAUUCCGAGGUGUGAGCUGUGAGAAGAACAUAGAUGAAUGUGCAUCCGGGCCGUGUCUGAACCACGGCCUUUGUUUAGAUGGAGUCAGCAGUUAUUCCUGCCAAUGUAGUCCGCCAUUCACAGGGAAACACUGUGAGGUGGAACAGGUUCCCUGUGCUUCUCAUCCAUGUGAGAGGGGAGGAGUGUGUCGUCCGUCUCCAGACUACACCUCAUACACCUGCCGGUGUCCCGCUGGAUGGCAAGGUCCACGCUGCAGUGAAGAUGUGGAUGAAUGCAAGAAGAACCCUUGCAGAAAUGGCGGCCGCUGCGUGAACAAUCAGGGCAGCUACACGUGCAGGUGUCAACCUGGAUACAGCGGACACAACUGUCAGACGGACAUCGACGACUGCUCGCCAAGCCCGUGUCAGAAUGGAGGCUCUUGCGUGGACGAUGUCGGGAGUUUCUCUUGUGACUGCCGCCAGGGUUUCGAAGGGGAGCGCUGUGAGAUGGAGGUGGACGAGUGCGCCAGCCAGCCCUGCAGGAACGGAGCCGUCUGCCGGGACUACGUCAACAGCUUUGUGUGCGAGUGUCGUCCGGGCUUUGACGGAAUCUUGUGCGAACGCGACAUUCUUGAAUGUACCGAGAGCUCCUGUCUGAAUAAUGGAACUUGCAUUGACGAAGUCAACGCCUUCUCGUGCCGUUGCCGUCCUGGUUUCUACGGGACAUUCUGUGAGUACGAGCAGAAUGAGUGCGACUCUCAGCCCUGUAAGAACGGAGGCACCUGCACCGAUGGCCUGGGAAGCUACCGUUGCACCUGCUCUAUGGGAUACAAUGGCCAGAACUGCCAGAACUUCGUGAACCUUUGCAGCCAGGUGCGCUGUCUCAAUGGCGGCUCCUGCUCUCAGACAUCGACCUCCUGGACCUGCCACUGUCAAAUGGGAUGGACGGGACUCUACUGUGACGUCCCCAACAUGUCCUGCCAGGACUACGCCGCCAGGAAUGGUCGGGAAGUUGAAAAUGUGUGUGAGAACGCCGGGCGCUGCAUCAACGUGGGCCAUUCCCACCGCUGUCAGUGUCAGCCGGGAUACACGGGCAGCUACUGUAAAGAGAUGGUGGACGAGUGCCAGUCCAACCCCUGUCGCAACGGAGCUACAUGCAAGGACUAUCAGGGCACGUACGAGUGCAUAUGCAAGCCCGGCUACCAGGGGGUGAACUGUGAGUACGAUGUGGACGAGUGCCACUCCCGGCCUUGCCUCCACGGAGGGACCUGCAUCAACCUCAUCAACCGCUUCACCUGCGCCUGCCCGCCCGGAGCGCACGGGCUGCAGUGUGAAGUGAACGAGGACGAGUGCGCCGCAAAGGCGGGCUCCUUCGAACCCCGCUGUCUGAACGGAGGGCAGUGUGUGGACGGCGUGGGCCGCUACUCGUGCUCCUGCCCCCCGGGGUUCGUUGGAGAACACUGCGAGGGGGAUCUCAAUGAAUGCCUGUCGGGACCCUGCCACGCCCCCGGCAGCCUCGACUGCGUGCAGCUGGUCAACGACUACCAGUGCCGCUGUCGCCUUGGAUACACGGGUCGUCACUGUGAGUCCAUGGUGGAUCUGUGUCUGUCCAAGCCGUGCCACAAAGGGGGCGUCUGCUCUAUGAACAUGAGCUCCGUACAUGGCUACACCUGCUCCUGUGUUCCCGGCUUUACUGGGUUCAACUGUGGCGAAAUAGAGGGCUACAGUUGCGCUAAGCUGCGCUGCCAGAACGGCGGCCGCUGCGUGGAGUCAACAGGCCGCCUGUCCUGCCAGUGCCAGCCAGGCUUCAGCGGGCCGCACUGCGAGAAUGAACACAGAUGUCCGUGGAACUGCCAAAACGGAGGAACCUGCGUCAAAGACCCGUCCAACCCGUACCAGUACAGCUGCCGCUGUGCCGCGCACUUCUCGGGGCCGUACUGUGAGAGCGGUCAACAGAUCGUGCCGCGCACCCCGACCUGCCGGUAUCCACAGUGUGAGCAGCAUUCGAGGGAUAAAGUGUGCGACGCCCAGUGUAACAACCACGAGUGCCAGUGGGAUGGAGGCGACUGCUCGCUCAACUGGCAGCAGCCCUGGGUUAACUGCACCGCCAGUGUUCCCUGCUGGGAUCUCUUUAAGAAUGGACUUUGCAAUAAGGAGUGCGACAACCCUGGGUGUCUCUUUGACAGCUUCGAGUGCCAGGAGACGCCAGCAUCCUGCAAAUACGACCGGUACUGUGCGGACCACUUUGGGAACGGCGACUGUGACCCGAGCUGCUACACGGAGGCUUGCGGCUGGGACGGCCUUGACUGCUCCAUCGACACUCCGGCCAAAGUGAUAGACGGCACGCUGGUCAUCGUGGUCCGGCUGCAGCCCAAGGAGCUGCUCGGAGACCUGAGGGGUUUCCUGCGCUCCCUUGGGGCCCUGCUGCACACCAACCUCCAGGUGAAGCUAGAUCAAAACAACAAGCCGAUGGUGUACCCUUUCUACGGGGAGGAGCAUGGACUACACAUCCAGAGGAGAAGAAGCAAGCGGGAGCUAGAGAAGGAGGUUAUUGGAUCCGUGGUCCAUCUGGAACUCGAUAACCGCGAGUGUUCCCAGAGCUCCGUGGACUGUUUCUCCAACACUGAUGAGGCCGCGUCGUUCCUCGCGGCAGCGCACAUCAAGGCCGAACUACCGUACCCUCUGGUGUCCGUCAAGAGUGAGCCGUCAGUUAACCCGCCCCCCCCAAGGGCUCUGAUGUACCUGGUCGGAUUGGCGGUGGUCAUCACACUGCUGAUCCUUGUGCUGGGGAUGCUGGCAGCCAAGAGGAAGCACAAACACGGAGCCCUGUGGCUGCCCGAUGGCUUCUUGGCCAAUAAGAACGACAAAAGGAGAGAGCCUGUCGGACAGGACGACUUUGACAUGAAGAAUUUCAAGACCCAGGAUGGAGCUCUGAUUGAUGGAGUGCAGAGUCAGAGGUGGCUGAAAGACGAGGUCCCAUCCAAAAAGCAGAGAACCGAAGACAAACCCCUGCUGCCCAUCGCCAUGGAGGGAAGUGUUGACCGGAGGGAGUGGACCCUCCAGCACCGCAAGGCUGCCGACAUCUCACUCACUCCCCCACAGGCCGACCUGGACGCCGACUGUCUGGACGUCAACGUCAAGGGACCCGAUGGCUUCACCCCACUGAUGUUGGCGUCGCUGCGUAACGGCGGCGGUCCGGACUGCAGCCUGCACGCAGCGGAAGAAGAGGAGGAGAGCGGAGGGGACGAACCGGGGCCCAGCGUCAUUUCGGACCUCAUCGCUCAGGGUGCUUCUCUGAUGGCUCAGACCGACCGCACGGGAGAAACGGCGCUCCACCUGGCCGCCCGCUACGCCAGGGCCGACGCUGCCAAGAGGCUGCUGGACGCCGGCGCCGAUCCCAACGGCCACGACAACAUGGGCAGAACUCCUCUGCACGCCGCCGUGGCGGCCGACGCCCAGGGAGUCUUCCAGAUUCUGAUCCGUAAUCGAGCGACAGAACUGGACGCCCGGAUGAAUGACGGCACCACUCCGCUGGUCCUGGCCGCCCGGCUGGCUGAGGAGGGAAUGGUGGAAGAGCUGAUCCACUGCCACGCCGACAUCAAUGCUGUGGACGACCACGGCAAAUCUGCUCUCCACUGGGCAGCAGCAGUCAAUAAUGUGCAGGCCACACUCGUGCUUUUGAAGAACGGAGCCAACCGCGACAUGCAAGACAAUAAGGAGGAGACCCCUCUGUUUCUUGCCGCCAGAGAAGGCAGCUUUGAGGCAGCUCAGGUGCUCCUUGACCACUACUCCAACCGCGACAUCACCGACCACCUGGAUCGGCUGCCGCGCGACACCGCUCAAGAACGCAUGCAUCACGACAUUGUGCGCCUGCUGGACCAGUACAACUUAGUCCACAGUCCACACGGCCCGAACCACAUGGGUGGAGGAGGAAACUCCUCCGUCAUGUGCGGGGCCAACGGAGUGGGCUUCAUCGGCAUGCGCCCCGGGCCGCAGGGCAAGAAGAGCAGGAGGGGUGGAGGCGGAGCGAAGGUGGGCGGCGCCGGAGGGGGAGCUAAGGAGCUAAAAGACAUGAAGGCAAAGAGAAGAAAGAAGCCACCUGGAGGAGAGGGGCCGGUUGUGGGUGCUGGAGGAGCUGGAGGUGGAGGAGGAGGAGCAGCUGGUACGGGAGGGGGGAACGCAAAUGGUGCCAAGGCAGCAGCAGGACUCCCAGAGAGCUCUGUCACCAUGUCACCGGUUGACUCCCUGGAAUCCCCGCACUCGUACACAGGCGACGUGUCCGGCGCCGCCGCUACCACGGCCAACUCCCCCCCCCUCAUGAGCAGCCCGACCUCCAGGCCGAUGCUGCCGCCCGUCAGCCACAUGCUGGGACAGCAGCCGGGCUGGGGGGGCAUGACCAAGCACGGCUACGGCGGCCACAUGUUCGGCCACGUGUCGCACCAGAUGGGGGGCUCUCACCCGGGCAUGAGCCAACACCACGUCCAGGGCCCGAUGCUGAGCACCAUGAACGUCACCAUGAGCCGAGAGCAGCUGCCGCCCAUCGUCACGUUCCAGAUGAUGGCCCCCGGGGGGGGGCAGGCCAUGCUGAAGCCGCCUCAGCCGGGGCAGGUGCAGGUGACUCAGUCCCAGGGGCAGAGCCAGAAUCAGGGUCACGCACAGCAGGGGGCGGGCCACCUCCGAUGCCCCCAGGGCAUGAUGUACCGGAUGUCCGAGCAGAUGAGCAUGGCGCACGGGCUCCCCCACGCCCUGCAGCACCCCCACGCCGUCAGCCACGGGGGCCACGCGGGGAUCGAGGCCCAGUCUCGGCCGCUGCCCUCCUAUCCACCCAUGCAGAGCCCCGUGGAUAAGUACCCUACUCCGCCCUCCCAGCACAGCUACACCACCACCGGCUCAGAGGGCACCACCCCGGGCCACUCGGCCCACCCGCCCAGCGAGCACCCGUAUCUCACCCCCUCGCCCGAGUCCCCGGACCCUUGGUCGUCCUCUUCGCCGCACUCCAACUCGGACUGGUCGGACGUCACCACCAGCCCCACCCCUCUGGGGAACCCCCACCACGCACUGCCGUCUGCGCACCACACACACAUUCCAGAGCAGGCGCAGCAGCAGCCGGCGUCCCAGCAGAUGCAGCCGGCCCCUCAGCCGCCUCAGCACGGCAACAUGCAGGUUUUUGCGUAGGCCGGCUGCAGGGGAGCAUCAACAGACUGACUUUUGGGCUCUUUGAUGUUACGUAACAACAAGUGAACUCGUGCAACGCUUUUUUUCUUUCUUUUUUUUGUCUCUCUUCCUAUUAUGAUAAUCGAUCACUUCCCCUUUUACGUUGUCUCCUCCUCUUUGCACUUACAAAAAAUCUACGUAGUUUCUGAAACGUCAUCGAAGCCGUUGGCACAUCCUGUGACUCCCCCCCAGCCGAGCAUCCACUCCUCUCUGCUGGCGAAGUCAAGACGUUGGCACCCAAACACAAACUGUUUUAUCGAGGGAUCAAUGAGGAAGUGGCGCCCAGAAGGCGGCGGGCUGGUGUUGCAGCAGAAGAGCAAAGACGUUGGGACUUACGAGGCGGAGGACGGUCUUCCGUCUGUUUCAGAGGACAUGGUCACUUCUUUCUGCCUCCUGCUGCCUACAUGUGUAGUUUAAAGGGUCGUCUUAAUUUUUUCUUUUUUUAUAUACAUGCAUUUUUUCUCAACGUGCUCCAGUGGGAAUUUUUAUAAAAUUACUAAAAAAAAAAAGACAAACGUCAAGUAAAUUACCGAUUGUAUAGAAAUGCACACGCAUGCAUGAAUGUUACUCAAUGGCCUGACGCCGCUCGGGUGUAUUCACUGCAGUGAUUACAGAUGAUCGAUGUUAGUGUUUCCCAUCAGAUGUCCGAACACACAAAUGCAGUUUUGAGCUGCGAGGAGCAGAGAGAGACGUCUGCGCGUUGAAGGCGCGUGCUGUUACAUAAGAAACAAAACACCGUUUGACUGUAUCUUGCCACAGAUGUAACCACUAUCUGUCAUGUGUCGCUGAGGGAUUAAUUAAGCUUGACAGACUUUAUGCAAAAACACAUUAGUUUUAGUGUCAUGAGAUGAAAUGUACAUAGACUUGCGGCGCUUCCUGCUUGUUGUUACUGAGCUCGUUUGUUUUUUUCAUAUGAAUUAUGUUCGCACUUCUUGAAUGAUUCUGAAUGUUUUUACUUUUAAACGGCCUCUACUUCCAAAAAUAAUUUUAACCGGUUUUGCCUUUUGCUUAACUACAAUCAGUGUAUCGCUGCACCUUUUCUAAUCUUAAUGAUUCAUAAACAAAGUCUGGAGGUGAGUAAGGUUUGAUAAAGUAUUUUGUUUUUUUGUCUUCCUUCUUAAAGUUGAUCAUAGCGUUGUGUGACUGCUCUGUAAACCCAGACAAUCAUUCACUGUUUUGUUUUUGGAACUUCAAAACAGAACAUCAGUGCCUCUUUAGAUUUUUUUUUUCUGCCAAAAAUGUACAUCAUGUCCAAAUCAGUCGUUGCCCUCGUUUUGCCCUAAACAGACGCAUGACUAUCAUCCGAUACCAAGAAACAUCAGUGUUUGAAUUACUACUGCAACGAACCACAUGGUUUUCUCUGUCCUAAUUAUGUAGUUUACCAAAACGAGUGUCCUGUGCCAGUCAGCCUUUCUAUUUAGAAUUGAGGGUCGGUUCCCUUUCAUAUGCAAGGUCAUGUGUCUAUAUUCUGUAUAUAUAAGUUUUUUGUAUCGUACUUUCCUCUGUUAACCAAAUAGCCUAUAAUAUACAUGCCAUAUGAAGUAGUUGUCGCCAUGUUUGUAAAAGGUAGAUUAACUAAUACUGAUGGAAAAUAUAAGAUGUCAAAAAAACAAAUGAUCAACCGAAUGUGCUUCCUGAAAUAAAGCCCAGAUCUUCGUAGA